CCGGAGGACCCCUCUGAGGCCCGUGUAGACCCCGGGGGGGGGCGGGACACAGACGGAGCUGACAGAGGACUCAGCUCGUCUGGAGGUGUUGAGCGCUCCGACCACAGCUCCCCCCGUAUCUCCUCCUCCUGCAGGACCCGCCUGACGACCUACAGCACAGGUCAGACAGAUGGAGGGUUAGAUAUGAAGGGCUGAACGGAGGGAUGGAUGGGUUAAUAGACUCCAUAACGGUCUCUGUUGUUUCAGCCGACUUUGACGCUCUGUACGAGGAGCUGCAGCAGCUAGGAGAGGGAGGCUUCGGGAGUGUCUUUGCUGGCUACCGGAAAGAGGACCGUCUGCCUGUAAGAGUGACGCCACAAAGCCACACUCUGUGGAAGCACAUACGUGUCGCUAUAAAGCACAUCCCCAUGGCCAAGGUCACAAUGACACAGGAGACGGUUGAAGGGCGGCUGACGGACUUCCCGCUGGAGGUGUCUUUGAUGCUGAGGGCCGCUGAAGACCGCCCGGACCCGGGGGGCCCCGGUACCGUGGUCCUCCUGCUGGACUGGUUCCAGCUGGACCAGGAGCUGAUCCUGGUCCAGGAGAGACCCAGCGCCUGCGUGGAUCUCCUCUCCUACAUGGAGAGCAAGGGGGGCAGGCUGCAGGAGCAGGACGCUAAGAUGAUUCUGCACCAAGUGGUGGAAGGGAUCCAAGGGCUCCACUCCAGAGGCGUUCUGCACCGCGACAUCAAGCCUGAGAACCUCCUGGUGGAGACAGGCUCCGGGACGCCCCGGGUCCGGGUCAUAGACCUGGGGUGCGGCUGCCACCACAACAGCGGGGUGUAUUCAGAGUUCAGCGGUGAGCUUCUCAAACUCACACUGGCUCUGGCUACAACAUGUGGUUUGACACGCCACCGUAGAGACAUCUGGGGUCGUUAGAGGGUUUGAAGAGAGAGAGCAGCAAAGAGUAGAGCUGGCCUUUGAAAAGAAAAUAUAUAUAUGUAUAUCUAUAUAUCCCCUCAAAGAGAUCCCACAAAGUAGAUCCCAUAUGAACUGAAACCAUUUAUUCAUCACAAUCCCAAACUCGACUCAUACGGUUCAACGAGGUGUGUAACGCUGAAGUCAGUAGUGUGUGCUGCAUGGAGGAGGGUCAGUGUUCUGGGGGGACGAGGAGAGAAGGAGAGACGGCCAUAUGCUGGGCCCCCCCCUUGAAGAGGUGGGGCCUGGGCGCCCAGGUGGGCCUCAUUUAACCUGAGGGGCCCAUCCACUGGAGCGGGGUCCUCUGUGUGGGGGUCCCCUGUGACCUGUGUGGG